AAAGGAAGGAGGCGAAGAGUGAGGAGUAGAACGGAUGAAGAGAUGACGAAUCGGGAGAAGGGUAGGAGGAGAGAAUGAGAAGUGGGAUCGAAGGCGAGUCUGAGAACGCGGGGGUGGGGGGGGGGGGGUGCCGGGGUCGGGAGAGGAAGACAAAAGGAGAGUACAAAAAUAAUAUAACGGGAAGGGGGUCAUUCACCGUUUCCGUGGAGACCAAACUCGAGCAUCAUAUCUCUCUCUCUCUCUCUCCCUUUGACUUGCCCUAACCCUAAACCACCGCUCCCUUAAAACAAUUCCCACACCCACUUCCCUCCUUCCUCCUCCCUGAAAACCCCCUACCCCCCUCCCUCAUCAUCACACCACCAGGUUACCAAACAAGUACUCCCCAAGAGAAUUGAUCCGUCAUGGGGCUCUUUUGCACUUCCAUUUCAGCAGCUUUUGGUUCCUAGAGAGAGAGAGAGAGAGAGAGAGAGAGAGAGAGAGAGAGAGAGAGAGAUUAGAAAAGCAAAGAAAGGAGAGACAGAUCGCUGCCUUCCUUUUCCCUUUAACUCAUAUUUUUCUUUCUCUCUUCAUCAAAUUGUCACCCUUCUCGAUCUUUGGUUCAUAAAUAUCUCCUCUUAGCUUCGUCUGCACUGUUCCAUUUCCUGAGGCUGCACGCUAGUUUUGUGUUCUGUUUACGCAGAAGAGAAGAAGAAGAAGGAAGGAAUAGGAUUUAAGGAAUUCAUGGACCGAAUUACAGCCUCCACACAUGGCCAUCUCCCUCCUCUUUUCCACAGCCCGGACUUCCACUCCCUCCACCACUACCAACACCUUCAGCAACAGCAGCACCCGAUGCCGCCUAAGAUCGAAGAAGAGCACAACGGCAGCACCGGUAUUCAUGGCAGCAGGAAGCGCGACCACGACGACAGUAACGAUGAUGGGAACAACAAUUCCAACGGCGGCGAGUCCAAGGAGCUGGUGCCGACGACGUCCGCUGGAGGAGGGGACGGGGAGAUCAUGCGCCGGCCGCGCGGCCGCCCCGCCGGGUCCAAGAACAAGCCGAAGCCACCAAUCAUCAUCACCAGGGAAAGCGCCAACGUGCUGAGGUCCCACGUGAUGGAGAUCGCUGGUGGGUGCGAUAUCGUCGAGAGUAUCGCCACCUUCGCCUGCCGCAGGCACCGCGGCGUCUGUAUCCUUAGCGGGAGUGGCACCGUCGUCAACGUCACCCUGCGCCAGCCGGCCUCCCCAAGUGCAGUCGUCACUCUCCACGGACGGUUCGAGAUCCUCUCCCUCUCCGGAUCCUUCCUUCCGCCGCCCGCCCCACCCGCGGCCACCGGCCUGACAAUCUACUUGGCCGGCGGGCAGGGCCAGAUCGUGGGUGGGAGCGUCGUAGGGGCACUAAUAGCAUCAAGCCCGGUGAUUAUAAUGGCAGCAUCCUUCGGAAACGCAGCCUACGAGAGGCUGCCACUGGACGAGGAGGAGCCUCUACAAGCUCAGCAAGGCGGUCUUGGGUCGCCCGGACUGGUAGGGCAGUCGCCCCCACCGCAGCAGCAGUUACUUGACCCCAACAAUCCACUUCUCCAUGGCCUGCCGCCGAACCUGCUAAACAAUGUACAAUUGCCAGCCGAGGCUUACGGCUGGGCCACCGGCGGAGGAGGACGCACGCCCUACUGAUCCCAGCGAUAACGCACUACAGCGUUGUACAAAACUAUGAUUUCUUGGAGUCUCGACUUCGGUGGUAGAAAGAGCUUACGGGUAUAAGCCAUGGACGAUGACGAGAAUGGAGUACAUGCUUUUGCAUAUUUGCCGAUGACUGCUAAUUGGAUUCCACCAUUGCCUCCUUAUUCCGCUCAAGGAGGAAAGAGAGGAGGAAAUCUGAAGUCUGAUUGUGCUUGCACUCUUUCUCCCAUUUGAAGUCUUGUAUUGUACACCAAUAUCAGCUUCUGCUUAGAGCUGCUAAUAUAACAGUGCUUUCUUUUGGAGAGA